AUGACGCUGCGGGGCGACGGGCGGCGGCCCGACGAGAAGCUGCAGGGCGACGGGCGGCAGCCCGAAGAGAAGCUGCAGGGCGACGAGCGGCGGCCCGACGAGAAGCUGCAGGGCGACGGGCGGCGGCCCGACGAGGAGAAGAAAGGAGUGGCGUCACACCACAGAGGAGUGGCGCCCGAGUCACACCACAGAAGAGUGGCGCCCGAGUCACACCACAGAGGAGUGGCGCCCGAGUCACACCACAGAGGAGUGGCGCCCGAGUCACACCACAGAGGAGUGGCGCCCGAGUCACACCACAGAGGAGUGGCGCCCGAGUCACACCACAGAGGAGUGGCGUCCGAGUCACACCACAAAGGAGUGGCGCCCGACUCACACCACAGAGGAGUGGCGCCCGACUCACACCACAGAGGAGUGGCGCCCGACUCACACCACAGAGGAGUGGCGCCCGAGUCACACCACAGAGGAGUGGCGCCCGAGUCACACCACCGAGGAGUGGCGCCCGAGUCACACCACAGAGGAGUGGCGCCCGAGUCACACCACAGAGGAGUGGCGCCCGAGUCACACCACAGAGGAGUGGCGCCCGAGUCACACCACAGAGGAGUGGCGCCCGAGUCACACCACAGAGGAGUGGCGCCCGAGUCACACCACAGAGGAGUGGCGUCCGAGUCACAGCACAGAGGAGUGGCGCCCGAGUCACACCACAGAGGAGUGGCGCCCGAGUCACACCACAGAGGAGUGGCGCCCGAGUCACACCGCAGAGGAGUGGCGCCCGAGUCACACCGCAGAGGAGUGGCGCCCGAGUCACACCGCAGAGGAGUGGCGCCCGAGUCACACCACAGAGGAGUGGCGCCCGAGUCACACCACAGAGGAGUGGCGCCCGAGUCACACCACAGAGGAGUGGCGCCCGACUCACACCACAGAGGAGUGGCGCCCGACUCACACCACAGAGGAGUGGCGCCCGACUCACACCACAGAGGAGUGGCGCCCGAGUCACACCACAGAGGAGUGGCGCCCGAGUCACACCACCGAGGAGUGGCGCCCGAGUCACACCACCGAGGAGUGGCGCCCGAGUCACACCACAGAGGAGUGGCGCCCGACUCACACCACAAAGGAGUGGCGCCCGACUCACACCACAGAGGAGUGGCGCCCGACUCACACCACAGAGGAGUGGCGCCCGAGUCACACCACAGAGGAGUGGCGCCCGAGUCACACUACAGAGGAGUGGCGCCCGAGUCACACCACAGAGGAGUGGCGCCCGAGUCACACCACAGAGGAGUGGCGCCCGAGUCACACCACAGAGGAGUGACGCCCGACUCACACCACAGAGGAGUGGCGCCCGAGUCACACCACAGAGGAGUGGCGCCCGACUCACACCACAGAGGAGUGGCGCCCGAGUCACACCACAGAGGAGUGGCGCCCGACUCACACCACAGAGGAGUGGCGCCCGACUCACACCACAGAGGAGUGGCGCCCGAGUCACACCACAGAGGAGUGGCGCCUGACUCAAACCGCAGAGGAGUGACGCCCGAGUCACACCACAGAGGAGUGGCGCCCGAGUCACACCACAGAGGAGUGGCGCCCGACUCACACCACAGAGGAGUGGCGCCCGAGUCACACCACAGAGGAGUGGCUCCCGAGUCACACCACAGAGGAGUGGCGCCCGACUCACAACACAGAGGAGUGGCGCCCGAGUCACACCACAGAGGAGUGGCGCCCGAGUCACACCGCAGAGGAGUGGCGCCCGACUCACACCACAGAGGAGUGGCGCCCGAGUCACACCACAGAGGACUGGCGCCCGAGUCACACCACAGAGGAGUGGCGCCCGAGUCACACCACAGAGGAGUGGCGCCCGAGUCACACCACAGAGGAGUGGCGCCCAAGUCACACCACAGAGGAGUGGCGCCCGAGUCACACCACAGAGGAGUGGCGCCCGAGUCACACCACAGAGGAGUGGCGCCCGACUCACACCACAGAGGAGUGGCGCCCGACUCACACCACAGAGGAGUGGCGCCCGACUCACACCACAGAGGAGUGGCGCCCGAGUCACACCACAGAGGAGUGGCGCCCGACUCACACCACAGAGGAAUGGCGCCCGAGUCACACCACAGAGGAGUGGCGCCCGACUCACACCGCAGAGGAUCACACCGCAGAGGAGUGGCGCCCGAGUCACACCGCAGAGGAGUGGCGCCCGAGUCACACCACAGAGGAGUGGCGCCCGAGUCACACCACAGAGGAGUGGCGCCCGACUCACACCACAGAGGAGUGGCGCCCGACUCACACCACAGAGGAGUGGCGCCCGACUCACACCACAGAGGAGUGGCGCCCGAGUCACACCACAGAGGAGUGGCGCCCGAGUCACACCACCGAGGAGUGGCGCCCGAGUCACACCACCGAGGAGUGGCGCCCGAGUCACACCACAGAGGAGUGGCGCCCGACUCACACCACAGAGGAGUGGCGCCCGACUCACACCACAGAGGAGUGGCGCCCGACUCACACCACAGAGGAGUGGCGCCCGACUCACACCACAGAGGAGUGGCGCCCGAGUCACACCACAGAGGAGUGGCGCCCGACUCAAACCGCAGAGGAGUGACGCCCGAGUCACACCACAGAGGAGUGGCGCCCGAGUCACACCACAGAGGAGUGGCGCCCGACUCACACCACAGAGGAGUGGCGCCCGAGUCACACCACAGAGGAGUGGCUCCCGAGUCACACCACAGAGGAGUGGCGCCCGACUCACAACACAGAGGAGUGGCGCCCGAGUCACACCACAGAGGAGUGGCGCCCGAGUCACACCGCAGAGGAGUGGCGCCCGACUCACACCACAGAGGAGUGGCGCCCGAGUCACACCACAGAGGACUGGCGCCCGAGUCACACCACAGAGGAGUGGCGCCCGAGUCACACCACAGAGGAGUGGCGCCCGAGUCACACCACAGAGGAGUGGCGCCCAAGUCACACCACAGAGGAGUGGCGCCCGAGUCACACCACAGAGGAGUGGCGCCCGAGUCACACCACAGAGGAGUGGCGCCCGAGUCACACCACAGAGGAGUGGCGCCCAAGUCACACCACAGAGGAGUGGCACCCGAGUCACACCACAGAGGAGUGGCGCCCGACUCACACCACAGAGGAGUGGCGCCCAACUCACACCACAGAGGAUCACACCACAGAGGAGUGGCGCCCGACUCACACCACAGAGGAGUGGCGCCCGAGUCACACCACAGAGGAGUGGCGCCCGAGUCACACCACAGAGGAGUGGCGCCCGACUCACACCACAGAGGAGUGGCGCCCGAGUCACACCACAGAGGAGUGGCGCCCGACUCACACCACAGAGGAGUGGCGCCCGAGUCACACCACAGAGGAGUGGCGCCCGAGUCACACCACAGAGGAGUGACGCCCGACUCACACCACAGAGGAGUGGCGCCCGAGUCACACCACAGAGGAGUGGCGCCCGAGUCACACCACAGAGGAGUGGCGCCCGAGUCACACCACAGAGGAGUGGCGCCCGAGUCACACCACAGAGGAGUGGCGCCCGAGUCACACCACAGAGGAGUGACGCCCGAGUCACACCACAGAGGAGUGACGCCCGACUCACACCACAGAGGAGUGGCGCCCGAGUCACACCACAGAGGAGUGGCGCCCGAGUCACACCACAGAGGAGUGGCGCCCGAGUCACACCACAGAGGAGUGACGCCCGACUCACACCACAGAGGAGUGGCGCCCGAGUCACACCACAGAGGAGUGGCGCCCGAGUCACACCACAGAGGAGUGGCGCCCGAGUCACACCACAGAGGAGUGGCGCCCGAGUCACACCACAGAGGAGUGGCGCCCGACUCACACCACAGAGGAGUGGCGCCCGAGUCACACCACAGAGGAGUGGCGCCCGAGUCACACCACAGAGGAGUGGCGCCCGACUCACACCACAGAGGAGUGGCGCCCGAGUCACACCACAGAGGAGUGGCGCCCGAGUCACACCACAGAGGAGUGGCGCCCGAGUCACACCACAGAGGAGUGGCGCCCGACUCACACCACAGAGGAUCACACCACAGAGGAGUAGCGCCCGAGUCACACCACAGAGGAGUGGCGCCCGAGUCACACCACAGAGGAGUGGCGCCCGAGUCACACCACAGAGGAGUGGCGCCCGAGUCACACCACAGAGGAGUGACGCCCGACUCACACCACAGAGGAGUGGCGCCCGAGUCACACCACAGAGGAGUGGCGCCCGAGUCACACCACAGAGGAGUGGCGCCCGAGUCACACCACAGAGGAGUGGCGCCCGAGUCACACCACAGAGGAGUGACGCCCGAGUCACACCACAGAGGAGUGACGCCCGACUCACACCACAGAGGAGUGGCGCCCGAGUCACACCACAGAGGAGUGGCGCCCGAGUCACACCACAGAGGAGUGGCGCCCGAGUCACACCACAGAGGAUCACACCACAGAGGAGUGGCGCCCGAGUCACACCACAGAGGAGUGGCGCCCGAGUCACACCACAGAGGAGUGGCGCCCGACUCACACCACAGAGGAGUGGCGCCCGAGUCACACCACAGAGGAGUGGCGCCCGAGUCACACCACAGAGGAGUGGCGCCCGAGUCACACCACAGAGGAGUGGCGCCCGAGUCACACCACAGAGGAGUGGCGCCCCGAGUCACACCACAGAGGAGUGACGCCCGAGUCACACCACAGAGGAGUGACGCCCGACUCACACCACAGAGGAGUGGCGCCCGAGUCACACCACAGAGGAGUGACGCCCGACUCACACCACAGAGGAGUGGCGCCCGAGUCACACCACAGAGGCGUGGCGCCCGAGUCACACCACAGAGGAGUGGCGCCCGAGUCACACCGCAGAGAAGUGGCGCCCGAGUCACACCACAGAGGAGUGGCGCCCGAGUCACACCACAGAGGAGUGGCGCCCGAGUCACACCACAGAGGAGUGGCGCCCGAGUCACACCACAGAGGAGUGGCGCCCGAGUCACACCACAGAGGAGUGGCGCCCGAGUCACACCACAGAGGCGUGGCGCCCGAGUCACACCACAGAGGAGUGGCGCCCGAGUCACACCGCAGAGAAGUGGCGCCCGAGUCACACCACAGAGGAGUGGCGCCCGAGUCACACCACAGAGGAGUGGCGCCCGAGUCACACCACAGAGGAGUGGCGCCCGAGUCACACCACAGAGGAGUGGCGCCCGAGUCACACCACAGAGGAGUGGCGCCCGAGUCACACCACAGAGGAGUGGCGCCCGAGUCACACCACAGAGGAGUGGCGCCCGAGUCACACCACAGAGGAGUGGCGCCCGAGUCACACCACAGAGGAGUGGCGCCCGAGUCACACCACAGAGGAGGUGGCGCCCAAGUCACACCACAGAGGAGUGGCGCCCGACUCACACCACAGAGGAGUGGCGCCCGAGUCACACCACAGAGGAGUGGCGCCCGACUCACACCACAGAGGGAGUGGCGCCCGAGUCACACCACAGAGGAGUGGCGCCCGAGUCACACCACAGAGGAGUGGCGCCCGAGUCACACCACAGAGGAGUGGCGACCGAGUCACACCACAGAGGAGUGGCGCCCGAGUCACACCACAGAGGAGUGGCGCCCGAGUCACACCACAGAGGAGUGGCGCCCGAGUCACACCACAGAGGAGUGGCGCCCGAGUCACACCACAGAGGAGUGGCGCCCGAGUCACACCACAGAGGAGUGACGCCCGAGUCACACCACAGAGGAGUGACGCCCGACUCACACCACAGAGGAGUGGCGCCCGAGUCACACCACAGAGGAGUGGCGCCCGAGUCACACCACAGAGGAGUGGCGCCCGAGUCACACCACAGAGGAGUGACGCCCGACUCACACCACAGAGGAGUGGCGCCCGAGUCACACCACAGAGGAGUGGCGCCCGAGUCACACCACAGAGGAGUGGCGCCCGAGUCACACCACAGAGGAGUGGCGCCCGAGUCACACCACAGAGGAGUGGCGCCCGACUCACACCACAGAGGAGUGGCGCCCGAGUCACACCACAGAGGAGUGGCGCCCGAGUCACACCACAGAGGAGUGGCGCCCGACUCACACCACAGAGGAGUGGCGCCCGAGUCACACCACAGAGGAGUGGCGCCCGAGUCACACCACAGAGGAGUGGCGCCCGAGUCACACCACAGAGGAGUGGCGCCCGACUCACACCACAGAGGAGUGGCGCCCGAGUCACACCACAGAGGAGUGGCGCCCGAGUCACACCACAGAGGAGUGGCGCCCGAGUCACACCACAGAGGAGUGGCGCCCGAGUCACACCACAGAGGAGUGGCGCCCGAAGUCACACCACAGAGGAGUGGCGCCCGACUCACACCACAGAGGAGUGGCGCCCGAGUCACACCACAGAGGAGUGGCGCCCGAGCUCACACCACAGAGGAGUGGCGCCCGAGUCACACCACAGAGGAGUGGCGCCCGAGUCACACCACAGAGGAGUGGCGCCCGAGUCACACCACAGAGGAGUGGCGACCGAGUCACACCACAGAGGAGUGGCGCCCGAGUCACACCACAGAGGAGUGGCGCCCGAGUCACACCACAGAGGAGUGGCGCCCGAGUCACACCACAGAGGAGUGGCGCCCGAGUCACACCACAGAGGAGUGGCGCCCGAGUCACACCACAGAGGAUCACACCACAGAGGAGUGGCGCCCGAGUCACACCACAGAGGAGUGGCGCCCGAGUCACACCACAGAGGAGUGGCGCCCGAGUCACACCACAGAGGAGUGGCGCCCGAGUCACACCACAGAGGAGUGGCGCCCGACGUCACACCACAGAGGAGUGGCGCCCGAGUCACACCACAGAGGAGUGGCGCCCGAGUCACACCACAGAGGAGUGGCGCCCGAGUCACACCACAGAGGAGUGGCGCCCGAGCUCACACCACAGAGGAGUGGCGCCCGAGUCACACCACAGAGGAGUGGCGCCCGACUCACACCACAGAGGAGUGGCGCCCGAGUCACACCACAGAGGAGUGGCGCCCGACUCACACCACAGAGGAGUGGCGCCCGAAUCACACCACAGAGGAGUGGCGCCCGAGUCACACCACAGAGGAGUGGCGCCCGAGUCACACCACAGAGGAGUGGCGCCCGACUCACACCACAGAGGAGUGGCGCCCGAGUCACACCACAGAGGAGUGGCGCCCGAGUCACACCACAGAGGAGUGACGCCCCGACUCACACCACAGAGGAGUGGCGCCCGAGUCACACCACAGAGGAGUGGCCGCCCGACUCACACCACAGAGGAGUGGCGCCCGAGUCACACCACAGAGGAGUGGCGCCCGACUCACACCACAGAGGAGUGGCGCCCGAGUCACACCACAGAGGAGUGGCGCCCGAGUCACAGCACAGAGGAGUGACGCCCGAGUCACACCACAGAGGAGUGGCGCCCGAGUCACACCACAGAGGAGUGGCGCCCGAGUCACACCACAGAGGAGUGGCGCCCGAGUCACACCACAGAGGAGUGGCGCCCGAGUCACACCACAAAGGAGUGGCGCCCGACUCACACCACAGAGGAGUGGCGCCCGAGUCACACCACAGAGGAGUGGCGCCCGAGUCACACCACAGAGGAGUGGCGCCCGAGUCACACCACAGAGGAGUGGCGCCCGACUCACACCACAGAGGAGUGGCGCCCGAGUCACACCACAGAGGAGUGGCGCCCGACUCACACCACAGAGGAGUGGCGCCCGAGUCACACCACAGAGGAGUGGCGCCCGAGUCACACCACAGAGGAGUGGCGCCCGAGUCACACCACAGAGGAGUGGCGCCCGACUCACACCACAGAGGAGUGGCGCCCGAGUCACACCACAGAGGAGUGGCGCCCGACUCACACCACAGAGGAGUGGCGCCCGACUCACACCACAGAGGAGUGGCGCCCGAGUCACACCAAAGAGGAGUGGCGCCCGAGUCACACCACAGAGGAGUGGCGCCCGACUCACACCACAGAGGAGUGGCGUCCGAGUCACACCACAGAGGAGUGGCGCCCGACUCACACCACAGAGGAGUGGCGCCCGACUCACACCACAGAGGAGUGGCGCCCGAGUCACACCACAGAGGAGUGGCUCCCGAGUCACACCACAGAGGAGUGGCGCCCGACUCACAACACAGAGGAGUGGCGCCCGAGUCACACCACAGAGGAGUGGCGCCCGAGUCACACCGCAGAGGAGUGGCGCCCGACUCACACCACAGAGGAGUGGCGCCCGAGUCACACCACAGAGGACUGGCGCCCGAGUCACACCACAGAGGAGUGGCGCCCGAGUCACACCACAGAGGAGUGGCGCCCGAGUCACACCACAGAGGAGUGGCGCCCAAGUCACACCACAGAGGAGUGGCGCCCGAGUCACACCACAGAGGAGUGGCGCCCGAGUCACACCACAGAGGAGUGGCGCCCGAGUCACACCACAGAGGAGUGGCGCCCAAGUCACACCACAGAGGAGUGGCACCCGAGUCACACCACAGAGGAGUGGCGCCCGACUCACACCACAGAGGAGUGGCGCCCAACUCACACCACAGAGGAGUGGCGCCCGAGUCACACCACAGAGGAGUGGCGCCCGAGUCACACCACAGAGGAGUGGCGCCCGAGUCACACCACAGAGGAGUGGCGCCCGACUCACACCACAGAGGAGUGGCGCCCGAGUCACACCACAGAGGAGUGGCGCCCGAGUCACACCACAGAGGAGUGGCGCCCGACUCACACCACAGAGGAGUGGCGCCCGAGUCACACCACAGAGGAGUGGCGCCCGACUCACACCACAGAGGAGUGGCGCCCGAGUCACACCACAGAGGAGUGGCGCCCGAGUCACACCACAGAGGAGUGACGCCCGACUCACACCACAGAGGAGUGGCGCCCGAGUCACACCACAGAGGAGUGGCGCCCGACUCACACCACAGAGGAGUGGCGCCCGAGUCACACCACAGAGGAGUGGCGUCCGAGUCACACCACAGAGGAUCACACCACAGAGGAGUAGCGCCCGAGUCACACCACAGAGGAGUGGCGCCCGAGUCACACCACAGAGGAGUGGCGCCCGAGUCACACCACAGAGGAGUGGCGCCCGAGUCACACCACAGAGGAGUGACGCCCGACUCACACCACAGAGGAGUGGCGCCCGAGUCACACCACAGAGGAGUGGCGCCCGAGUCACACCACAGAGGAGUGGCGCCCGAGUCACACCACAGAGGAGUGGCGCCCGAGUCACACCACAGAGGAGUGACGCCCGAGUCACACCACAGAGGAGUGACGCCCGACUCACACCACAGAGGAGUGGCGCCCGAGUCACACCACAGAGGAGUGGCGCCCGAGUCACACCACAGAGGAGUGGCGCCCGAGUCACACCACAGAGGAGUGACGCCCGACUCACACCACAGAGGAGUGGCGCCCGAGUCACACCACAGAGGAGUGGCGCCCGAGUCACACCACAGAGGAGUGGCGCCUGAGUCACACCACAGAGGAGUGGCGCCCGAGUCACACCACAGAGGAGUGGCGCCCGACUCACACCACAGAGGAGUGGCGCCCGAGUCACACCACAGAGGAGUGGCGCCCGAGUCACACCACAGAGGAGUGGCGCCCGAGUCACACCACAGAGGAGUGGCGCCCGAGUCACACCACAGAGGAGUGGCGCCCGAGUCACACCACAGAGGAGUGACGCCCGAGUCACACCACAGAGGAGUGACGCCCGACUCACACCACAGAGGAGUGGCGCCCGAGUCACACCACAGAGGAGUGACGCCCGACUCACACCACAGAGGGAGUGGCGCCCGAGUCACACCACAGAGGAGUGGCGCCCGAGUCACACCACAGAGGAGUGGCGCCCGAGUCACACCACAGAGGAGUGGCGCCCGAGUCACACCACAGAGGAGUGGCGCCCGAGUCACACCACAGAGGAGUGACGCCCGAGUCACACCACAGAGGAGUGACGCCCGACUCACACCACAGAGGAGUGGCGCCCGAGUCACACCACAGAGGAGUGACGCCCGACUCACACCACAGAGGAGUGGCGCCCGAGUCACACCACAGAGGCGUGGCGCCCGAGUCACACCACAGAGGAGUGGCGCCCGAGUCACACCACAGAGGAGUGGCGCCCGAGUCACACCACAGAGGAGUAGCGCCCGAGUCACACCACAGAGGAGUGGCGCCCGAGUCACACCACAGAGGAGUGGCGCCCGACUCACACCACAGAGGAGUGGCGCCCGAGUCACACCACAGAGGAGUGGCGCCCGAGUCACACCACAGAGGAGUGGCGCCCGAGUCACACCACAGAGGAGAGUGGCGCCCGAGUCACACCACAGAGGAGUGGCGCCCGAGUCACACCACAGAGGAGUGGCGCCCGAGUCACACCACAGAGGAGUGACGCCCGACUCACACCACAGAGGAGUGGCGCCCGAGUCACACCACAGAGGAGUGGCGCCCGAGUCACACCACAGAGGAGUGGCGCCCGAGUCACACCACAGAGGAGUGGCGCCCGAGUCACACCACAGAGGAGUGGCGCCCGACUCACACCACAGAGGAGUGGCGCCCGAGUCACACCACAGAGGAGUGGCGCCCGAGUCACACCACAGAGGAGUGGCGCCCGAGUCACACCACAGAGGAGUGGCGCCCGAGUCACACCACAGAGGAGUGGCGCCCAAGUCACACCACAGAGGAGUGGCGCCCGACUCACACCACAGAGGAGUGGCGCCCGAGUCACACCACAGAGGAGUGGCGCCCGACUCACACCACAGAGGAGUGGCGCCCGACUCACACCACAGAGGAGUGGCGCCCGAGUCACACCACAGAGGAGUGGCGCCCGAGUCACACCACAGAGGAGUGGCGACCGAGUCACACCACAGAGGAGUGGCGCCCGAGUCACACCACAGAGGAGUGGCGCCCGAGUCACACCACAGAGGAGUGGCGCCCGAGUCACACCACAGAGGAGUGGCGCCCGAGUCACACCACAGAGGAGUGGCGCCCGAGUCACACCACAGAGGAGUGACGCCCGAGUCACACCACAGAGGAGUGACGCCCGACUCACACCACAGAGGAGUGGCGCCCGAGUCACACCACAGAGGAGUGGCGCCCGAGUCACACCACAGAGGAGUGGCGCCCGAGUCACACCACAGAGGAGUGACGCCCGACUCACACCACAGAGGAGUGGCGCCCGAGUCACACCACAGAGGAGUGGCGCGCGAGUCACACCACAGAGGAGUGGCGCCCGAGUCACACCACAGAGGAGUGGCGCCCGAGUCACACCACAGAGGAGUGGCGCCCGACUCACACCACAGAGGAGUGGCGCCCGAGUCACACCACAGAGGAGUGGCGCCCGAGUCACACCACAGAGGAGUGGCGCCCGACUCACACCACAGAGGAGUGGCGCCCGAGUCACACCACAGAGGAGUGGCGCCCGAGUCACACCACAGAGGAGUGGCGCCCGAGUCACACCACAGAGGAGUGGCGCCCGACUCACACCACAGAGGAGUGGCGCCCGAGUCACACCACAGAGGAGUGGCGCCCGACUCACACCACAGAGGAGUGGCGCCCGACUCACACCACAGAGGAGUGGCGCCCGAGUCACACCACAGAGGAGUGGCGCCCGAGUCACACCACAGAGGAGUGGCGCCCGAGUCACACCACAGAGGAGUGGCGCCCGAGUCACACCACAGAGGAGUGGCGCCCGAGUCACACCACAGAGGAGUGACGCCCGACUCACACCACAGAGGAGUGGCGCCCGAGUCACACCACAGAGGAGUGGCGCCCGACUCACACCACAGAGAGUGGCGCCCGAGUCACACCACAGAGGAGUGGCGCCCGACUCACACCACAGAGGAGUGGCGCCCGAGUCACACCACAGAGGAUCACACCACAGAGGAGUGGCGCCCGAGUCACACCACAGAGGAGUGGCGCCCGAGUCACACCACAGAGGAGUGGCGCCCGAGUCACACCACAGAGGAGUGGCGCCAGACUCACACCACAGAGGAGUGGCGCCCGAGUCACACCACAGAGGAGUGGCGCCCGAGCUCACACCACAGAGGUAGUGGCGCCCGACUCACACCACAGAGGAAGUGGCGCCCGAGUCACACCACAGAGGAGUGGCGCCCGAGUCACACCACAGAGGAGUGGCGCCCGAGUCACACCACAGAGGAGUGGCGCCCGAGUCACACCACAGAGGAGUGGCGCCCGACUCACACCACAGAGGAGUGGCGCCCGACUCACACCACAGAGGAGUGGCGCCCGACUCACACCACAGAGGAGUGGCGCCCGACUCACACCACAGAGGAGUGGCGCCCGACUCACACCACAGAGGAGUGGCGCCCGAGUCACACCACAGAGGAGUGCGCCCGAGUCACACCACAGAGGUGGCGCCCGACGUCACACCACAGAGGAGUGGCGCCCGAGUCACACCACAGAGGAGUGGCGCCCGACGUCACACCCCAGAGGGAGUGGCGCCCGAGUCACACCAACAGAGGAGUGGCGCCCGAGUCACACCACAGAGGAGUGGCGCCCGAGCUCACACCACAGAGGAGUGGCGCCCGAGUCACACCACAGAGGAGUGUGCGCCCGAGUCCACACCACAGAGGAAGAGUGGCGCCCGAGUCACACCACAGAGGAGUGGACGCCCGACUCACACCACAGAGGAGUGGCGCCGAGUCACACCACAGAGGAGUGGCGCCCGAGUCACACCACAGAGGAGUGGCGCCCGAGUCACACCACAGAGGAGUGGCGCCGACUCACACCACAGAGGAGUGGCGCCCGAGUCACACCCACAGAGGAGUGGCGCCCGAGUCACACACAACAGAGGAGUGGCGCCCGAGUCAGCACCACAGAGGAGUGGACGCCCGACUCACAAAACCACAGAGGAGUGGCGCCCGAGUCACACCACAGGGAGUGGCGCCCGAGUCACACCACAGAGGAGUGGCGCCCGAGGUCACACCACAGAGGAGUGCGCCCGAGUCACACCACAGAGGAGUGGCGCCCGACUUCAGCACCACAGAGGAGUGGCGCCCGAGUCACACCACAGAGGAGUGGCGCUCCGAGUCACACCACAGAGGUGCCGAUAACGCUGAGUAUGGCGCCCGAGUCACACCAACAGAGAGUGGCGCCCGAGCUCACACCACAGAGGAGUGGCGCCCGAGUCACACCACAGAGGAGUGGCGCCCGAGUCACACCACAGAGGAGUGGCGCCCGAGUCACACCACAGAGGAGUGGCGCCCGAGUCACACCACAGAGGAGUGGCGCCCGACUCACACCACAGAGGAGUGGCGCCCGAGUCACACCACAGAGGAGUGGCGCCCGACUCACACCACAGAGGAGUGGCGCCCGACUCACACCACAGAGGAGUGGCGCCCGAGUCACACCACAGAGGAGUGGCGCCCGAGUCACACCACAGAGGAGUGGCGCCCGACUCACACCACAGAGGAGUGGCGCCCGAGUCACACCACAGAGGAGUGGCGCCCGAGUCACACCACAGAGGAGUGGCGCCCGAGUCACACCACAGAGGAGUGGCGCCCGAGUCACACCACAGAGGAGUGGCGCCCGAGUCACACCACAGAGGAGUGGCGCCCGAGUCACACCACAGAGGAGUGGCGCCCGACUCACACCACAGAGGAGUGGCGCCCGACUCACACCACAGAGGAGUGGCGCCCGAGUCACACCACAGAGGAGUGGCGCCCGAGUCACACCACAGAGGAGUGGCGCCCGACUCACACCACAGAGGAGUGGCGCCCGAGUCACACCACAGAGGAGUGGCGCCCGAGUCACACCACAGAGGAGUGGCGCCCGACUCACACCACAGAGGAGUGGCGCCCGAGUCACACCACAGAGGAGUGGCGCCCGACUCACACCACAGAGGAGUGGCGCCCGAGUCACACCACAGAGGAGUGGCGCCCGACUCACACCACAGAGGAGUGGCGCCCGACUCACACCACAGAGGAGUGGCGCCCGAGUCACACCACAGAGGAGUGGCGCCCGAGUCACACCACAGAGGAGUGGCGCCCGAGUCACACCACAGAGGAGUGGCGCCCGACUCACACCACAGAGGAGUGGCGCCCGAGUCACACCACAGAGGAGUGGCGCCCGAUCACACCACAGAGGAGUGGCGCCCGAGUCACACCACAGAGGAGUGGCGCCCGAGUCACACCACAGAGGAGUGGCGCCCGAGUCACACCACAGAGGAGUGGCGCCCGAGUCACACCACAGAGGGUGGCGCCCGACUCACACCACAGAGGAGUGGCGCCCGAGUCACACCACAGAGGAGUGGCGCCCGAGUCACACCACAGAGGAGUGGCGCCCGAGUCACACCACAGAGGAGUGGCGCCCGAGUCACACCACAGAGGAGUGGCGCCCGAGUCACACCACAGAGGAGUGGCGCCCGAGUCACACCACAGAGGAGUGGCGCCCGAGUCACACCACAGAGGAGUGGCGCCCGAGUCACACCACAGAGGAGUGGCGCCCAAGUCACACCACAGAGGAGUGGCGCCCGAGUCACACCACAGAGGAGUGGCGCCCGAGUCACACCACAGAGGAGUGGCGCCCGAGUCACACCACAGAGGAGUGGCGCCCGAGUCACACCACAGAGGAGUGGCGCCCGAGUCACACCACAGAGGAGUGGCGCCCGAGUCACACCACAGAGGAGUGGCGCCCGAGUCACACCACAGAGGAGUGGCGCCCGAGUCACACCACAGAGGAGUGGCGCCCGAGUCACACCACAGAGGAGUGGCGCCCGAGUCACACCACAGAGGAGUGGCGCCCGACUCACACCACAGAGGAGUGGCGCCCGAGUCACACCACAGAGGAGUGGCGCCCGAGUCACACCACAGAGGAGUCACACCCGAGUCACACCACAGAGGAGUGGCGCCCGAGUCACACCACAGAGGAGUGGCGCCCGAGUCACACCACAGAGGAGUGGCGCCCGAGUCACACCACAGAGGAGUGGCGCCCGAGUCACACCACAGGAGAACACCGCCCGAGUCACACCACAGAGGAGUGGCGCCCGAGUCACACCACAGAGGAGUGGCGCCCGAGUCACACCACAGAGGAGUGGCGCCCGAGUCACACCACAGAGGAGUGGCGCCCGAGUCACACCACAGAGGAGUGGCGCCCGAGUCACACCACAGAGGAGUGGCGCCCGAGUCACACCACAGAGGAGUGGCGCCCGAGUCACACCACAGAGGAGUGGCGCCCGAGUCACACCACAGAGGAGUGGCGCCCGAGUCACACCACAGAGGAGUGGCGCCCGAGUCACACCACAGAGGAGUGGCGCCCGAGUCACACCACAGAGGAGUGGCGCCCGAGUCACACCACAGAGGAGUGGCGCCCGAGUCACACCACAGAGGAGUGGCGCCCGAGUCACACCACAGAGGAGUGGCGCCCGAGUCACACCACAGAGGAGUGGCGCCCGAGUCACACCACAGAGGAGUGGCGCCCGAGUCACACCACAGAGGAGUGGCGCCCGAGUCACACCACAGAGGAGUGGCGCCCGAGUCACACCACAGAGGAGUGGCGCCCGAGUCACACCACAGAGGAGUGGCGCCCGAGUCACACCACAGAGGAGUGGCGCCCGACUCACACCACAGAGGAGUGGCGCCCGAGUCACACCACAGAGGAGUGGCGCCCGAGUCACACCACAGAGGAGUGGCGCCCGAGUCACACCACAGAGGAGUGGCGCCCGAGUCACACCACAGAGGAGUGGCGCCCGAGUCACACCACAGAGGAGUGGCGCCCGAGUCACACCACAGAGGAGUGGCGCCCGAGUCACACCACAGAGGAGUGGCGCCCGAGUCACACCACAGAGGAGUGGCGCCCGACUCACACCACAGAGGAGUGGCGCCCGAGUCACACCACAGAGGAGUGGCGCCCGAGUCACACCACAGAGGAGUGGCGCCCGAGUCACACCACAGAGGAGUGGCGCCCGAGUCACACCACAGAGGAGUGGCGCCCGAGUCACACCACAGAGGAGUGGCGCCCGACUCACACCACAGAGGAGUGGCGCCCGAGUCACACCACAGAGGAGUGGCGCCCGAGUCACACCACAGAGGAGUGGCGCCCGAGUCACACCACAGAGGAGUGGCGCCCGAGUCACACCACAGAGGAGUGGCGCCCGAGUCACACCACAGAGGAGUGGCGCCCGAGUCACACCACAGAGGAGUGGCGCCCGAGUCACACCACAGAGGAGUGGCGCCCGAGUCACACCACAGAGGAGUGGCGCCCGAGUCACACCACAGAGGAGUGGCGCCCGAGUCACACCACAGAGGAGUGGCGCCCGAGUCACACCACAGAGGAGUGGCGCCCGAGUCACACCACAGAGGAGUGGCGCCCGAGUCACACCACAGAGGAGUGGCGCCCGAGUCACACCACAGAGGAGUGGCGCCCGAGUCACACCACAGAGGAGUGGCGCCCGAGUCACACCACAGAGGAGUGGCGCCCGAGUCACACCACAGAGGAGUGGCGCCCGAGUCACACCACAGAGGAGUGGCGCCCGAGUCACACCACAGAGGAGUGGCGCCCGAGUCACACCACAGAGGAGUGGCGCCCGACUCACACCACAGAGGAGUGGCGCCCGAGUCACACCACAGAGGAGUGGCGCCCGACUCACACCACAGAGGAGUGGCGCCCGAGUCACACCACAGAGGAGUGGCGCCCGAGUCACACCACAGAGGAGUGGCGCCCGAGUCACACCACAGAGGAGUGGCGCCCGACUCACACCACAGAGGAGUGGCGCCCGAGUCACACCACAGAGGAGUGGCGCCCGAGUCACACCACAGAGGAGUGGCGCCCGAGUCACACCACAGAGGAGUGGCGCCCGAGUCACACCACAGAGGAGUGGCGCCCGAGUCACACCACAGAGGAGUGGCGCCCGAGUCACACCACAGAGGAGUGGCGCCCAAGUCACACCCGCCCGAGUCACACCACAGAGGAGUGGCGCCCGAGUCACACCACAGAGGAGUGGCGCCCGAGUCACACCACAGAGGAGUGGCGCCCGAGUCACACCACAGAGGAGUGGCGCCCGACUCACACCACAGAGGAGUGGCGCCCGAGUCACACCACAGAGGAGUGGCGCCCGAGUCACACCACAGAGGAGUGGCGCCCGAGUCACACCACAGAGGAGUGGCGCCCGAGUCACACCACAGAGGAGUGGCGCCCGAGUCACACCACAGAGGAGUGGCGCCCGAGUCACACCACAGAGGAGUGGCGCCCGAGUCACACCACAGAGGAGUGGCGCCCGAGUCACACCACAGAGGAGUGGCGCCCGAGUCACACCACAGAGGAGUGGCGCCCGAGUCACACCACAGAGGAGUGGCGCCCGAGUCACACCACAGAGGAGUGGCGCCCGAGUCACACCACAGAGGAGUGGCGCCCGAGUCACACCACAGAGGAGUGGCGCCCGAGUCACACCACAGAGGAGUGGCGCCCGAGUCACACCACAGAGGAGUGGCGCCCGACUCACACCACAGAGGAGUGGCGCCCGAGUCACACCACAGAGGAGUGGCGCCCGACUCACACCACAGAGGAGUGGCGCCCGAGUCACACCACAGAGGAGUGGCGCCCGAGUCACACCACAGAGGAGUGGCGCCCGAGUCACACCACAGAGGAGUGGCGCCCGAGUCACACCACAGAGGAGUGGCGCCCGAGUCACACCACAGAGGAGUGGCGCCCGAGUCACACCACAGAGGAGUGGCGCCCGAGUCACACCACAGAGGAGUGGCGCCCGAGUCACACCACAGAGGAGUGGCGCCCGAGUCACACCACAGAGGAGUGGCGCCCGACUCACACCACAGAGGAGUGGCGCCCGAGGCAGAGGCGCCCGAGUCACACCACAGAGGAUCACACCACAGAGGAGUGGCGCCCGAGUCACACCACAGAGGAGUGGCGCCCGAGUCACACCACAGAGGAGUGGCGCCCGAGUCACACCACAGAGGAGUGGCGCCCGAGUCACACCACAGAGGAGUGGCGCCCGAGUCACACCACAGAGGAGUGGCGCCCGAGUCACACCACAGAGGAGUGGCGCCCGAGUCACACCACAGAGGAGUGGCGCCCGAGUCACACCACAGAGGAGUGGCGCCCGAGUCACACCACAGAGGAGUGGCGCCCGAGUCACACCACAGAGGAGUGGCGCCCGAGUCACACCACAGAGGAGUGGCGCCCGAGUCACACCACAGAGGAGUGGCGCCCGAGUCACACCACAGAGGAGUGGCGCCCGAGUCACACCACAGAGGAGUGGCGCCCGAGUCACACCACAGAGGAGUGGCGCCCGAGUCACACCACAGAGGAGUGGCGCCCGAGUCACACCACAGAGGAGUGGCGCCCGAGUCACACCACAGAGGAGUGGCGCCCGAGUCACACCACAGAGGAGUGGCGCCCGAGUCACACCACAGAGGAGUGGCGCCCGAGUCACACCACAGAGGAGUGGCGCCCGAGUCACACCACAGAGGAGUGGCGCCCGAGUCACACCACAGAGGAGUGGCGCCCGAGUCACACCACAGAGGAGUGGCGCCCGAGUCACACCACAGAGGAGUGGCGCCCGAGUCACACCACAGAGGAGUGGCGCCCGAGUCACACCACAGAGGAGUGGCGCCCGAGUCACACCACAGAGGAGUGGCGCCCGAGUCACACCACAGAGGAGUGGCGCCCGAGUCACACCACAGAGGAGUGGCGCCCGAGUCACACCACAGAGGAGUGGCGCCCGAGUCACACCACAGAGGAGUGGCGCCCGAGUCACACCACAGAGGAGUGGCGCCCGAGUCACACCACAGAGGAGUGGCGCCCGAGUCACACCACAGAGGAGUGGCGCCCGAGUCACACCACAGAGGAGUGGCGCCCGAGUCACACCACAGAGGAGUGGCGCCCGAGUCACACCACAGAGGAGUGGCGCCCGAGUCACACCACAGAGGAGUGGCGCCCGAGUCACACCACAGAGGAGUGGCGCCCGAGUCACACCACAGAGGAGUGGCGCCCGAGUCACACCACAGAGGAGUGGCGCCCGAGUCACACCACAGAGGAGUGGCGCCCGAGUCACACCACAGAGGAGUGGCGCCCGAGUCACACCACAGAGGAGUGGCGCCCGAGUCACACCACAGAGGAGUGGCGCCCGAGUCACACCACAGAGGAGUGGCGCCCGAGUCACACCACAGAGGAGUGGCGCCCGAGUCACACCACAGAGGAGUGGCGCCCGAGUCACACCACAGAGGAGUGGCGCCCGAGUCACACCACAGAGGAGUGGCGCCCGAGUCACACCACAGAGGAGUGGCGCCCGAGUCACACCACAGAGGAGUGGCGCCCGAGUCACACCACAGAGGAGUGGCGCCCGAGUCACACCACAGAGGAGUGGCGCCCGAGUCACACCACAGAGGAGUGGCGCCCGAGUCACACCACAGAGGAGUGGCGCCCGAGUCACACCACAGAGGAGUGGCGCCCGAGUCACACCACAGAGGAGUGGCGCCCGAGUCACACCACAGAGGAGUGGCGCCCGAGUCACACCACAGAGGAGUGGCGCCCGAGUCACACCACAGAGGAGUGGCGCCCGAGUCACACCACAGAGGAGUGGCGCCCGAGUCACACCACAGAGGAGUGGCGCCCGAGUCACACCACAGAGGAGUGGCGCCCGAGUCACACCACAGAGGAGUGGCGCCCGAGUCACACCACAGAGGAGUGGCGCCCGAGUCACACCACAGAGGAGUGGCGCCCGAGUCACACCACAGAGGAGUGGCGCCCGAGUCACACCACAGAGGAGUGGCGCCCGAGUCACACCACAGAGGAGUGGCGCCCGAGUCACACCACAGAGGAGUGGCGCCCGAGUCACACCACAGAGGAGUGGCGCCCGAGUCACACCACAGAGGAGUGGCGCCCGAGUCACACCACAGAGGAGUGGCGCCCGAGUCACACCACAGAGGAGUGGCGCCCGAGUCACACCACAGAGGAGUGGCGCCCGAGUCACACCACAGAGGAGUGGCGCCCGAGUCACACCACAGAGGAGUGGCGCCCGAGUCACACCACAGAGGAGUGGCGCCCGAGUCACACCACAGAGGAGUGGCGCCCGAGUCACACCACAGAGGAGUGGCGCCCGAGUCACACCACAGAGGAGUGGCGCCCGAGUCACACCACAGAGGAGUGGCGCCCGAGUCACACCACAGAGGAGUGGCGCCCGAGUCACACCACAGAGGAGUGGCGCCCGAGUCACACCACAGAGGAGUGGCGCCCGAGUCACACCACAGAGGAGUGGCGCCCGAGUCACACCACAGAGGAGUGGCGCCCGAGUCACACCACAGAGGAGUGGCGCCCGAGUCACACCACAGAGGAGUGGCGCCCGAGUCACACCACAGAGGAGUGGCGCCCGAGUCACACCACAGAGGAGUGGCGCCCGAGUCACACCACAGAGGAGUGGCGCCCGAGUCACACCACAGAGGAGUGGCGCCCGAGUCACACCACAGAGGAGUGGCGCCCGAGUCACACCACAGAGGAGUGGCGCCCGAGUCACACCACAGAGGAGUGGCGCCCGAGUCACACCACAGAGGAGUGGCGCCCGAGUCACACCACAGAGGAGUGGCGCCCGAGUCACACCACAGAGGAGUGGCGCCCGAGUCACACCACAGAGGAGUGGCGCCCGAGUCACACCACAGAGGAGUGGCGCCCGAGUCACACCACAGAGGAGUGGCGCCCGAGUCACACCACAGAGGAGUGGCGCCCGAGUCACACCACAGAGGAGUGGCGCCCGAGUCACACCACAGAGGAGUGGCGCCCGAGUCACACCACAGGAAGGAGUGGCGCCCGAGUCACACCACAGAGGAGUGGCGCCCGAGUCACACCACAGAGGAGUGGCGCCCGAGUCACACCACAGAGGAGUGGCGCCCGAGUCACACCACAGAGGAGUGGCGCCCGAGUCACACCACAGAGGAGUGGCGCCCGAGUCACACCACAGAGGAGUGGCGCCCGAGUCACACCACAGAGGAGUGGCGCCCGAGUCACACCACAGAGGAGUGGCGCCCGAGUCACACCACAGAGGAGUGGCGCCCGAGUCACACCACAGAGGAGUGGCGCCCGAGUCACACCACAGAGGAGUGGCGCCCGAGUCACACCACAGAGGAGUGGCGCCCGAGUCACACCACAGGAGUGGCGCCCGAGUCACACCACAGAGGAGUGGCGCCCGAGUCACACCACAGAGGAGUGGCGCCCGAGUCACACCACAGAGGAGUGGCGCCCGAGUCACACCACAGAGGAGUGGCGCCCGAGUCACACCACAGAGGAGUGGCGCCCGAGUCACACCACAGAGGAGUGGCGCCCGAGUCACACCACAGAGGAGUGGCGCCCGAGUCACACCACAGAGGAGUGGCGCCCGAGUCACACCACAGAGGAGUGGCGCCCGAGUCACACCACAGAGGAGUGGCGCCCGAGUCACACCACAGAGGAGUGGCGCCCGAGUCACACCACAGAGGAGUGGCGCCCGAGUCACACCACAGAGGAGUGGCGCCCGAGUCACACCACAGAGGAGUGGCGCCCGAGUCACACCACAGAGGAGUGGCGCCCGAGUCACACCACAGAGGAGUGGCGCCCGAGUCACACCACAGAGGAGUGGCGCCCGAGUCACACCACAGAGGAGUGGCGCCCGAGUCACACCACAGAGGAGUGGCGCCCGAGUCACACCACAGAGGAGUGGCGCCCGAGUCACACCACAGAGGAGUGGCGCCCGAGUCACACCACAGAGUGGCGCCCGAGUCACACCACAGAGGAGUGGCGCCCGAGUCACACCACAGAGGAGUGGCGCCCGAGUCACACCACAGAGGAGUGGCGCCCGAGUCACACCACAGAGGAGUGGCGCCCGAGUCACACCACAGAGGAGUGGCGCCCGAGUCACACCACAGAGGAGUGGCGCCCGAGUCACACCACAGAGGAGUGGCGCCCGAGUCACACCACAGAGGAGUGGCGCCCGAGUCACACCACAGAGGAGUGGCGCCCGAGUCACACCACAGAGGAGUGGCGCCCGAGUCACACCACAGAGGAGUGGCGCCCGAGUCACACCACAGAGGAGUGGCGCCCGAGUCACACCACAGAGUGGCGCCCGAGUCACACCACAGAGUGGCGCCCGAGUCACACCACAGAGGAGUGGCGCCCGAGUCACACCACAGAGGAGUGGCGCCCGAGUCACACCACAGAGGAGUGGCGCCCGAGUCACACCACAGAGGAGUGGCGCCCGAGUCACACCACAGAGGAGUGGCGCCCGAGUCACACCACAGAGGAGUGGCGCCCGAGUCACACCACAGAGGAGUGGCGCCCGAGUCACACCACAGAGUGGCGCCCGAGUCACACCACAGAGGAGUGGCGCCCGAGUCACACCACAGAGGAGUGGCGCCCGAGUCACACCACAGAGGAGUGGCGCCCGAGUCACACCACAGAGGAGUGGCGCCCGAGUCACACCACAGAGGAGUGGCGCCCGAGUCACACCACAGAGGAGUGGCGCCCGAGUCACACCACAGAGGAGUGGCGCCCGAGUCACACCACAGAGGAGUGGCGCCCGAGUCACACCACAGAGGAGUGGCGCCCGAGUCACACCACAGAGGAGUGGCGCCCGAGUCACACCACAGAGGAGUGGCGCCCGAGUCACACCACAGAGGAGUGGCGCCCGAGUCACACCACAGAGGAGUGGCGCCCGAGUCACACCACAGAGGAGUGGCGCCCGAGUCACACCACAGAGGAGUGGCGCCCGAGUCACACCACAGAGGAGUGGCGCCCGAGUCACACCACAGAGGAGUGGCGCCCGAGUCACACCACAGAGGAGUGGCGCCCGAGUCACACCACAGAGGAGUGGCGCCCGAGUCACACCACAGAGGAGUGGCGCCCGAGUCACACCACAGAGGAGUGGCGCCCGAGUCACACCACAGAGGAGUGGCGCCCGAGUCACACCACAGAGGAGUGGCGCCCGAGUCACACCACAGAGGAGUGGCGCCCGAGUCACACCACAGAGGAGUGGCGCCCGAGUCACACCACAGAGGAGUGGCGCCCGAGUCACACCACAGAGGAGUGGCGCCCGAGUCACACCACAGAGGAGUGGCGCCCGAGUCACACCACAGAGGAGUGGCGCCCGAGUCACACCACAGAGGAGUGGCGCCCGAGUCACACCACAGAGGAGUGGCGCCCGAGUCACACCACAGAGGAGUGGCGCCCGAGUCACACCACAGAGGAGUGGCGCCCGAGUCACACCACAGAGGAGUGGCGCCCGAGUCACACCACAGAGGAGUGGCGCCCGAGUCACACCACAGAGGAGUGGCGCCCGAGUCACACCACAGAGUGGCGCCCGAGUCACACCACAGAGUGGCGCCCGAGUCACACCACAGAGGAGUGGCGCCCGAGUCACACCACAGAGGAGUGGCGCCCGAGUCACACCACAGAGGAGUGGCGCCCGAGUCACACCACAGAGGAGUGGCGCCCGAGUCACACACAGAGGAGUGGCGCCCGAGUCACACCACAGAGGAGUGGCGCCGAGUCACACAACUAACAAGAGGAGUGGCGCCCGAGUCACACCACAGAGGAGUGGCGCCCGAGUCACACCACAGAGAAGUGGCGCCCGAAUCACCCACCACAGAGGAGUGGCGCCCGAGUCACACCACAGAUGAGUGGCGCCCGGAGUCACACCACAGAGGAGUGGCGCCCGAGUCACACCACAGAGGAGUGGCGCCCGAGUCACACCACAGAUGGAGUGGCGCCCGACUCACACCACAGAGGAGUGGCGCCCGAGUCACACCACAGAGGAGUGGCGCCCGAGUCACACCACAGAGGAGUGGCGCCCCGACGUCACACCACAGAGGAGUGGCGCCCGAGUCACACCACAGAGGAGGUGCGCCCGACUCACACCACAGGAGUGGCGCCCGAGUCACACCACAGAGGAGUGGCGCCCGAGUCACACCACAGAGGAGUGGCGCCCGAGUCACACCACAGAGGAGUGGCCGCCGAGUCACACACAGAGGAGGGCGCCGACUCACACCACAGAGGAGUGAGGCGCCCGACUCACACCACAGAGGAGUGGCGCCCGAGUCAACUACCACAGAGGAGUGGCGCCCGAGUCACACCACAGAGGAGUGCGCUCGAUCACCCACCACAGAGCGAGUGACGCCCGACUCAACACCACAGAGGAGUGGCGCCCGAGUCACACCACAGAGGAGUGGCGCCCGAGUCACACCACAGAGGAGUGGCGCCCGAGUCACACCACAGAGGAGUGGCGCCCGAGUCACACCACAGCGGAGUGGCGCCCGAGUCACACCACAGAGGAGUGGCGCCCGAGUCACACACAGAGGAGUGGCGCCCGACUCACACCACAGAGGAGUGGCGCCCCGAGUCACACCCACAGAGGAGUGGCGCCGACUUCACACCCACAGAGGAGUGGCGCCGAGUCACACCACAGAGGAAGUGGCGCCCCGAGUCACACCACAGAGGAGUGGCGCCGAGUCACACACAGAGGAGUGGCGCCCGAGUCACACCACAGAGGAGUGGCGCCCGAGUCCACAACCACAGAGGAGUGGCGCCCGAGUCACACCACAGAGGAGUGGCGCCCGAGUCACACCACCAGAGGAGUGGCGCCCGAGUCACACCACAGAGGAGUGGCGCCCGAGUCACACCACAGAGGAGUGGCGCCCGAGUCACACCACAGAGGAGUGGCGCCCGAGUCACACCACAGAGGAGUGGCGCCCGAGUCACACCACAGAGGAGUGGCGCCCGAGUCACACCACAGAGGAGUGGCGCCCGAGUCACACCACAGAGGAGUGGCGCCCGAGUCACACCACAGAGGAGUGGCGCCCGAGUCACACCACAGAGGAGUGGCGCCCGAGUCACACCACAGAGGAGUGGCGCCCGAGUCACACCACAGAGGAGUGGCGCCCGAGCUCACACCACAGAGGAGUGGCGCCCGAGUCACACCACAGAGGAUGGCGCCGAGUCACACCACAGAUGUGGCGCCCGAGUCACACCACAGAGGAGUGGCGCCCGAGUCACACCACAGAGGGAGUGGCGCCCGAGUCACACCACAGAGGAGUGGCGCCCGAGACUCACACCCACAGAGGAGUGGCGCCCGAGUCACACCACAGAGGAGUGGCGCCCGAGUCACACCACAGAGGAGUGGCGCACGAGUCACACCACAGGAGUGGCGCCCGAGUCACACCACAGAGGAGUGGCGCCCGAGUCACACCACAGAGGAGUGGCGCCCGAGUCACACCACAGAGGAGUGGCGCCCGAGUCACACCACAGAGGAGUGGCGCCCGAGUCACACCACAGAGGAGUGGCCGCCCGACGUCACACCACAGAGGAGUGGCGCCCGAGUCACACCACAGAGGAGUGGCGCCCAAGUCACACCACAGAGGAGUGGCGCCCGAGUCACACCACAGAGGAGUGGCGCCCGAGUCACACCACAGAGGAGUGGCGCCGAGUCACACCACAGAGGAGUGGCGCCCGAGUCACACCACAGAGGAGUGGCGCCCGACGUCACACCACAGAGGAGUGGCGCCCGAGCUCACACCACAGAGGAGUGGCGCCCGAGUCACACCACAGAGGAGUGGCGCCCGAAGUCACACCACAGAGGAGUGGUCGCCCGAGUCACACCACAGAGGAGUGGCGCCCGAGUCACACCACAGAGGAGUGGCGCCCGAGUCACACCACAGAGGAGUGGCGCCCGAGUCACACCACAGAGGAGUGGCGCCCGAGUCACACCACAGAGGAGUGGCGCCCGAGUCACACCACAGAGGAGUGGCGCCCGAGUCACACCACAGAGGAGUGGCGCCCGAGUCACACCACAGAGGAGUGGCGCCCGAGUCACACCACAGAGUGGCGCCCGAGUCACACCACAGAGGAGUGGCGCCCGAGUCACACCACAGAGGAGUGGCGCCCGAGUCACACCACAGAGGAGUGGCGCCCGAGUCACACCACAGAGGAGUGGCGCCCGAGUCACACCACAGAGGAGUGGCGCCCGAGUCACACCACAGAGGAGUGGCGCCCGAGUCACACCACAGAGGAGUGGCGCCCGAGUCACACCACAGAGGAGUGGCGCCCGAGUCACACCACAGAGGAGUGGCGCCCGAGUCACACCACAGAGGAGUGGCGCCCGAGUCACACCACAGAGGAGUGGCGCCCGAGUCACACCACAGAGGAGUGGCGCCCGAGUCACACCACAGAGGAGUGGCGCCCGAGUCACACCACAGAGGAGUGGCGCCCGAGUCACACCACAGAGGAGUGGCGCCCGAGUCACACCACAGAGGAGUGGCCGCCCGACGUCACACCACAGAGGAAGUGGCGCCCGAGUCACACCACAGAGGAGUGGCGCCCGAGUCACACCACAGAGGAGUGGCGCCCGAGUCACACCACAGAGGAGUGGCGCCCGAGUCACACCACAGAGGAGUGGCGCCGAGUCACACCACAGAGUGGGCCCGAGUCACCCACAGAGGAGUGGCGCCCGAGUCACACCACAGAGGAGUGGCGCCCGAGUCACACCACAGAGGAGUGGCGCCCGAGUCACACCACAGAGGAGUGGCGCCCGAGUCACACCACAGAGGAGUGGCGCCCGAGUCACACCACAGAGGAGUGGCGCCCGACGUCACACCCACAGAGGAGUGGCGCCCGACUCACACCACAGAGGAGUGGCGCCCGAGUCACACCACAGAGGAGUGGCGCCCGAGUCACACCACAGAGGAUGGCGCCCGAGUCACACCACAGAGAGUGGCGCCCGAGUCACACCACAGAGGAGUGGCGCCCGAGUCCACACCACAGAGGAGUGGCGCCCGAAGUCACACCACAGAGGCGUGGCGCCCGAGUCACACCACAGAGAGUGGCGCCCAAGUCACCACCACAGAGGAGUGCGCCCGAGUCCCCACAGAGGAGUGCGCUCCGAGUCACACCACAGAGGAGUGGCGCCCGAGUCACACCACAGAGAGGGCGCCCGACUCACACCACGAGGAGUGGCGCCCGAGUCACACCACAGAGAGUGGGCGCCCCAGUCACCCACAGAGGAGUGGACGCUCCGAGUCACACCACAGAGGAGUGGCGCCCGAGUCACACCACAGAGGAGUGGCGCCCGAGUCACACCACAGAGGGUGGCGCCCGAGUCACACCACAGAGGAGUGGCGCCCGAGUCACACCACAGAGGAGUGGCGCCCUAGUCACACCACAGAGGAGUGGCGCCCGAGUCACACCACAGAGGAAGGAGUGGCGCCCGAUCACACCACAGAGGAGUGGCGCCGAGUCACACCACAGGAGUGGCGCCCGAGUCACACCACAGAGAGUGGCGCCCGAGUCACACCACAGAGGAGUGGCGCCCGACGUCACACCACAGAGGAGUGGCGCCCGAGUCACACCACAGAGGAGUGGCGCCCGACUCACACCACAGAGGAGUGUGGGGUGGCGCCCGAGUCACACCACAGAGGCGUGGCGCCCGAGUCACACCACAGAGAGUGGCGCCCGAGUCACACCACAGAGGAGUGGCGCCCGAGUCACACCACAGAGGAGUGGCGCCCGAGUCACACCACAGAGGAGUGGCGCCCGAGUCACACCACAGAGGAGUGGACGCCCGAGUCACACCACAGAGGCGUGGCGCCCCGAGUCACACCACAGAGGAGUGGCGCCGAGUCACACCACAGAGGAGUGGCGCCCGAGUCACACCACAGAGGAGUGAGCGCCCGACUCACACCCACAGAGGAGUGGCGCCCGAGUCACACCACAGAGGAGUGGCGCCCGACAGUCACACCACAGAGGAGUGGCGCCCGAGUCACACCACAGAGGAGUGGCGCCCGAGUCACACCACAGAGGAGUGGCGCCCGAGUCACACCACAGAGAGUGGCGCCCGAGUCACACCACAGAGAGUGGCGCCCGAGUCACACCACAGAGGAGUGGCGCCCGAGUCACACCACAGAGGAGUGGCGCCCGAGUCACACCACAGAGGAGUGGCGCCCCGAGUCACACCACAGAGGAGUGGCGCCCGAGUCACACCACAGAGGAGUGGCGCCCGAGUCACCACCACAGAGGAGUGGCGCCCGAGUCACACCACAGAGGAGUGGCGCCCGAGUCACACCACAGAGGAGUGGCGCCCGAGUCACACCACAGAGGAGUGGCGCCCGAGUCACACCACAGAGGAGUGGCGCCCGAAGUCACACCACAGAGGAGUGGCGCCCGAGUCACACCACAGAGGAGUGGCGCCCGAGUCACACCACAGAGGAGUGGCGCCCGAGUCACACCACAGAGGAGUGGCGCCCCGAGUCACACCACAGAGGAGUGGCGCCCGAGUCACACACAGAGGAGUGGCGCCCGACUCACACCACAGGAGUGGCGCCCGAGUCACACCACAGAGGAGGGCGCCCGAGUCACACCACAGAGGAGUGGCGCCGACGUCACACCACAGAGGAGGGCGCCCGAGUCACACCACAGAGGAGUGGCGCCCGAGUCACACCACAGAGGAGUGGCGCCCGAGUCACACCACAGAGGAGUGGCGCCCGAGUCACACCACAGAGGAGUGGCGCCCGAGUCACACCACAGAGGAGUGGCGCCCCGAGUCACACCACAGAGGAGUGGCGCCCGAGUCACACCACAGAGGAGUGGCGCCCGAGUCACACCACAGAGGAGUGGCGCCCGACGUCACACCACAGAGGAGUGGCGCCCGACUCACACCACAGAGGAGUGGCGCCCGAGCUCACACCACAGAGGAGUGACGCCCGACUCACACCACAGAGGAGUGGCGCCCGAGUCACACCACAGAGGAGUGGCUGCCCGAGUCACACCACAGAGGAGUGGCGCCCGAGUCACACCACAGAGGAGUGGCGCCCGACUCACACCACAGAGAAGUGGCCGCCUCGACUCCACAACCACAGAGGAGUGAGCGCCGAGUCACACCACAGAGGAGUGGCGCCCGAGUCACACCACAGAGGAGUGGCGCCCGAGUCACACCACAGAGGAGUGGCGCCCGACUCACACCACAGAGGAUGUGGCGCCCGAGUCACACCACAGAGGAGUGGCGCCCGAGUCACACCGCAGAGGAGUGGCGCCCGAGUCACACCCGCAGAGUGGGCCCGAGUCACACCACAGAGGAGUGGCGCCCGAGUCACACCACAGAGGAGUGGCCGCCCGAGUCCACACCCACAGAGGAGUGGCGCCCGAGUCACACCACAGAGGAGUGGCGCCCGAGUCACACCACAGAGGAGUGGCCGCCCGAGUCACACCCACAGAGGAGUGGCGCCCGAGUCACACCACAGAGGAGUGGCGCCCGAAGUCACACCACAGAGGAGUGGCGCCCGAGUCACACCACAGAGGAGUGGCGCCCGAGUCACACCACAAGGAGUGGACGCCCGACGUCACACCACAGAGGAGGACGACAGACCUCCCAAGGGAGUGCGCCCGACUCACACCACAGAGGAGUGGCGCCCGAGUCACACACAGAGGAGUGGCGCCCGAGUCACACCACAGAGGAGUGGCGCCCGAGUCACACCACAGAGGAGUGGCGCCCGAGUCACACCACAGAGGAGUGGCGCCCGAGUCACACCACAGAGGAGUGGCGCCCGACUCACACCACAGAGGAGUGGCGCCCGACUACACCACAGAGGAGUGGCGCCCGACCGGACUCACACCACAGAGGAGUGGCGCCCGAGUCACACCACAGAGGGAGUGGCUGCCCGAGUCACACCACAGAGGAGUGGCGCCCGACUCACACCACAGAGGAGUGGCGCCCGACUCACACCACAGAGGAGUGGCGCCCGACUCACACCACAGAGGAGUGGCGCUCGAGUCACACCACAGAGGAGUGACGCCCGACUCACACCACAGAGGAGUGGCGCCCGAGUCACACCACAGAGGAGUGGCGCCCCGAGUCCACAACCACAGAGGAGUGGCGCCCGAGUCACACCACAGAGGAGUGCGCGCCCGAGUCACACCACAGAGGAGUGGCGCCCGAGUCACACCACAGAGGAGUGGCGCCCGACUCACACCACAGAGGAGUGGCGCCCGAGUCACACCACAGAGGAGUGGCGCCCGAGUCACACCACAGAGGAGUGGCGCCCGAGUCACACCACAGAGGAGUGGCGCCCGAGUCACACCACAGAGGAGUGGCGCCCGAGUCACACCACAGAGGAGUGGCGCCCGAGUCACACCACAGAGGAGUGGCGCCCGAGUCACACCACAGAGGAGUGGCGCCCGAGUCACACCACAGAGGAGUGGCGCCCGAGUCACACCACAGAGGAGUGGCGCCCGAGUCACACCACAGAGGAGUGGCGCCCGACUCACACCACAGAGGAGUGGCGCCCGAGUCACACCACAGAGGAGUGGCGCCCGACGCACACCACAGAGGAGUGGCGCCCGAGUCACACCACAGAGGAGUGGCGCCCGAGUCACACCACAGAGGAGUGGCGCCCGAGUCACACCACAGAGGAGUGGCGCCCGAGUCACACCACAGAGGAGUGGCGCCCCGAGUCACACCACAGAGGAGUGGCGCCCGAGUCACACCACAGAGGAGUGGCGCCCGAGUCACACCACAGAGGAGUGGCGCCCGAGUCACACCACAGAGGAGUGGCGCCCGAGUCACACCACAGAGGAGUGGCGCCCGAGUCACACCACAGAGGAGUGGCGCCCGAGUCACACCACAGAGGAGUGGCGCCCGAGUCACACCACAGGAGGAGUGGCGCCCGAGUCACACCACAGAGGAGUGGCGCCCGAGUCACACCACAGAGGAGUGGCGCCCGAGUCACACCACAGAGGAGUGGCGCCCGAGUCACACCACAGAGGAGUGGCGCCCGAGUCACACCACAGAGGAGUGGCGCCCGAGUCACACCACAGAGGAGUGGCGCCCGAGUCACACCACAGAGGAGUGGCGCCCGAGUCACACCACAGAGGAGUGGCGCCCGAGUCACACCACAGAGGAGUGGCGCCCGAGUCACACCACAGAGGAGUGGCGCCCGAGUCACAGCACAGAGGAGUGGCGCCCGAGUCACACCGCAGAGGAGUGGCGCCCGAGUCACACCACAGAGGAGUGGCGCCCGAGUCACACCACAGAGGAGUGGCGCCCGAGUCACACCACAGAGGAGUGGCGCCCGAGUCACACACAGAGGAGUGGCGCCCGAGUCACACCACAGAGGAGUGGCGCCGAGUCACACCACAGAGGAGUGGCGCCCGAGUCACACCACAGAGGAGUGGCGCCCGAGUCACACCACAGAGGAGUGGCGCCCGAGUCACACCACAGAGGAGUGGCGCCUGAGUCACACCCACAGAGGAGUGGCGCCCGAGUCACACCACAGAGGAGUGGCGCCCGAGUCACACCACAGAGGAGUGGCGCCCGAGUCCACACCACAGAGGAGUGGCGCCCGAGUCACACCACAGAGGAGUGGCGCCCGAGUCACACCACAGAGGAGUGGCGCCCGAGUCACACCACAGAGGAGUGGCGCCCGAGUCACACCACAGAGGAGUGGCGCCCGAGUCACACCACAGAGGAGUGGCGCCCGACUCACACCACAGAGGAGUGGCGCCCGAGUCACACCACAGAGGAGUGGCGCCCGAGUCACACCACAGAGGAGUAGCGCCCGAGUCCCGAGUCACACCACAGAGGAGUGGCGCCCGACUUCACACCACAGAGGAGUGGCGCCCGACUCCACACCACAGAGGAGUGGCGCCCGACUCAACACAAGAGGAGUGGCGCCCGACUCACACCACAGAGGAGUGGCGCCCGACUCACACCAUCUAGAGGAUGGCGCCCGAGUCACACCACAGAGGAGUGGCGCCCGAGUCACACCACAGAGGCAGUGGCGGCCCGAGUCACACCACAGAGGAGUGGCGCCCGACUCACACCACAGUAGGAGUGGCGCCCGAGUCACACCACAGAGGAGUGGCGCCCGACUCACACCACAGAGGAGUGGCGUCCCUGAAGUCACACCCGCCGAGUCACACCACAGAGAGUGGCGCCCAAGUCACACCACAGAGGAGUGCGCCACGAGCUCACACCACAGAGGAGUGGCGCCGAGUCACACCACAGAGGAGUGGAGCCCGACGUCACACCACAGAGGAGUGGCGCCCGAAGGCUCACCACCACAGAGGAGUGGGCCCGACUCACACCACAGAGGAGUGGCGCCCGAGUCACACCACAGAGGAGUGGCGCCCGAGUUCACACCCACAGAGGAGUGGCGCCCGAGUCACACCACAGAGGAGUGGCGCCCGAGUCACACCACAGAGGAGUGGCGCCCGACUCACACCGCAGAGGAGUGGCGCCGAGUCACACCACAGAGGAGUGGCCGCCCCGAGCUCACACCACAGAGGAGUGGCGCCCGAGUCACACCACAGAGGAGUGGCGCCCGACUCACACCACAGAGGAGUGGCGCCCGAGUCACACCACAGAGGAGUGGCGCCCGAGUCACACCACAGAGAGUGCGCCCGAGUCACACCACAGAGGAGUGGCGCCCGAGUCACACCACAGAGGAGUGGCGCCCGAGUCACACCACAGAGGAGUGGCGCCCGAGUCACACCACAGAGGAGUGGCGCCCGAGUCACACCACAGAGGAGUGGCGCCCGAGUCACACCACAGAGGAGUGGCGCCCGAGUCACACCACAGAGGAGUGGCGCCCGAGUCACACCACAGAGGAGUGGCGCCCGAGUCACACCACAGAGGAGUGGCGCCCGAGUCACACCACAGAGGAGUGGCGCCCGAGUCACACCACAGAGGAGUGGCGCCCGAGUCACACCACAGAGGAGUGGCGCCCGAGUCACACCACAGAGGAGUGGCGCCCGAGUCACACCACAGAGGAGUGGCGCCCGAGUCACACCACAGAGGAGUGGCGCCCGAGUCACACCACAGAGGAGUGGCGCCCGAGUCACACCACAGAGGAGUGGCGCCCGAGCUCACACCACAGAGGAGUGGCGCCCGAGUCACAACACAGAGGAGUGGGCCCGAGUCACACCACAGAGGAGUGGCGCCCGAGUCACACCAGCAGGGAUCACACCCAGAGGAGUGGCGCCCGAGUCACACCCUCUCAGAGGAGUGGCGCCCGAGUCACAACCACAGGAGGAGUGGCGCCCGAGUCACACCACAGAGGAGUGGCGCCACCGAGUCACACCACAGAGGAGUGGCGCCCGAGUCACACCACAGAGGAGUGGCGCCCGAGUCACACCACAGAGGAGUGGCGCCCGAGUCACACCACAGAGGAGUGGCGCCCGAGUCACACACACAGAGGAGUGGCGCCCGAGUCACACCACAGAGGAGUGGCGCCCGAGUCAGCACCACAGAGGAGUGGCGCCCGAGUCACAACCACAGAGGAGUGGCGCCCGAGUCCACCCACAGAGGAGUGGGCGCCCGAGUCAGAGGAGUGGCGCCCGAGUCACACCACAGAGGAGUGGCGCCCGAGUCACACCACAGAGGAGUGGCGCCCGAGUCACACCACAGAGGAGUGGCGCCCGAGUCACACCACAGAGGAGUGGCGCCCGAGUCACACCACAGAGGAGUGGCGCCCGAGUCACACCACAGAGGAGUGGCGCCCGAGUCACACCACAGAGGAGUGGCGCCCGAGUCACACCACAGAGGAGUGGCGCCCGAGUCACACCACAGAGGAGUGGCGCCCGAGUCACACCACAGAGGAGUGGCGCCCGAGUCACACCACAGAGGAGUGGCGCCCGAGUCACACCACAGAGGAGUGGCGCCCGAGUCACACCACAGAGGAGUGGCGCCCGAGUCACACCACAGAGGAGUGGCGCCCGAGUCACACCACAGAGGAGUGGCGCCCGAGUCACACCACAGAGGAGUGGCGCCCGAGUCACACCACAGAGGAGUGGCGCCCGAGUCACACCACAGAGGAGUGGCGCCCGAGUCACACCACAGAGGAGUGGCGCCCGAGUCACACCACAGAGGAGUGGCGCCCGAGUCACACCACAGAGGAGUGGCGCCCGAGUCACACCACAGAGGAGUGGCGCCCGAGUCACACCACAGAGGAGUGGCGCCCGAGUCACACCACAGAGGAGUGGCGCCCGAGUCACACCACAGAGGAGUGGCGCCCGAGUCACACCACAGAGGAGUGGCGCCCGAGUCACACCACAGAGGAGUGGCGCCCGAGUCACACCACAGAGGAGUGGCGCCCGAGUCACACCACAGAGGAGUGGCGCCCGAGUCACACCACAGAGGAGUGGCGCCCGAGUCACACCACAGAGGAGUGGCGCCCGAGUCACACCACAGAGGAGUGGCGCCCGAGUCACACCACAGAGGAGUGGCGCCCGAGUCACACCACAGAGGAGUGGCGCCCGAGUCACACCACAGAGGAGUGGCGCCCGAGUCACACCACAGAGGAGUGGCGCCCGAGUCACACCACAGAGGAGUGGCCCGUCCACAGAGGAGUGGCGCCCGAGUCACACCACAGAGGAGUGGCGCCCGAGUCACACCACAGAGGAGUGGCGCCCGAGUCACACCACAGAGGAGUGGCGCCCGAGUCACACCACAGAGGAGUGGCGCCCGAGUCACACCACAGAGGAGUGGCGCCCGAGUCACACCACAGAGGAGUGGCGCCGAGUCACACCAGCAGAGGAGUGGCGCCCGAGUCACACCACAGAGGAGUGGCGCCCGAGUCACACCACAGAGGAGUGGCGCCCGAGUCACACCACAGAGGAGUGGCGCCCGAGUCACACCACAGAGGAGUGGCGCCCGAGUCACACCACAGAGGAGUGGCGCCCGAGUCACACCACAGAGGAGUGGCGCCCGAGUCACACCACAGAGGAGUGGCGCCCGAGUCACACCACAGAGGAGUGGCGCCCGAGUCACACCACAGAGGAGUGGCGCCCGAGUCACACCACAGAGGAGUGGCGCCCGAGUCACACCACAGAGGAGUGGCGCCCGAGUCACACCGCAGAGGAGUGGCGCCCGAGUCACACCACAGAGGAGUGGCGCCCGAGUCACACCACAGAGGAGUGGCGCCCGACUCACACCACAGAGGAGUGGCGCCGAGUCACACCACAGAGGAGUGGCGCCCGAGUCACACCAGCAGAGGAGUGGCGCCCGACUCACACCACAGAGGAGUGGCGCCCGAGUCACACCACAGAGGAGUGGCGCCCGAGUCACACCACAGAGGAGUGGCGCCCGAGUCACACCACAGAGGAGUGGCGCCCGAGUCACACACAGAGGAGUGGCGCCCGAGUCACACCACAGAGGAGUGGCGCCCGAGUCACACCGCAGAGGAGUGGCGCCCGAGUCACACCGCAGAGGAGUGGCGCCCGAGUCACACCGCAGAGGAGUGGCGCCCGAGUCACACCACAGAGGAGUGGCGCCCGAGUCACACCACAGAGGAGUGGCGCCCGAGUCACACCGAGGAGUGGCGCCCGAGUCACACCACAGAGGAGUGGCGCCCGAGUCACACCACAGAGGAGUGGCGCCCGAGUCACACCGAGGAGUGGCGCCCGAGUCACACCGCAGAGUGGCGCCCGAGUCACACCGCAGAGGAGUGGUGCCCGAGUCACACCGCAGAGGAGUGGCGCCCGAGUCACACCGCAGAGGAGUGGCGCCCGAGUCACACCACAGAGGAGUGGCGCCCGACUCACACCACAGAGGAGUGGCGCCCGAGUCACACCACAGAGGAGUGGCGCCCGAGUCACACCACAGAGGAGUGGCGCCCGAGUCACACCACAGAGGAGUGGCGCCCGAGUCACACCACAGAGGAGUGGCGCCCGAGUCACACCACAGAAGGAGUGGCGCCCGAGUCACACCACAGAGGAGUGGCGCCCGAGUCACACCACAGAGGAGUGGCGCCCGAGUCACACCACAGAGGAGUGGCGCCCGAGUCACACAACAGAGGAGUGGCGCCCGAGUCACACCACAGAGGAGUGGCGCCCGAGUCACACCACAGAGGAGUGGCGCCCGAGUCACACCACAGAGGAGUGGCGCCCGAGUCACACCGACAGAGGAGUGGCGCCGAAGUCACACCACAGAGGAGUGGCGCCCGAGUCACAAGACCGGGGGGGACCAGCAGGGAGUGGCGCCCAGAGUCACACCACAGAGGAGUGGCGCCCGAGUCACACCACAGAGGAGUGGCGCCCGAGUCACACCACAGAGGAGUGGCGCCCGAGUCACACCACAGAGGAGUGGCGCCCGAGUCACACCACAGAGGAGUGGCGCCCGAGUCACACCACAGAGGAGUGGCGCCCGACUCACACCACAGUCACACCACAGAGGAGUGGCGCCCGACGUCACACCACAGAGGAGUGGCGCCCGAGUCACACCACAGAGGAGUGGCGCCCGAGUCACACCACAGAGGAGUGGCGCCCGAGUCACACCACAGAGGAGUGGCGCCCGAGUCACACCACAGAGGAGUGGCGCCCGAGUCACACCACAGAGGAGUGGCGCCCGAGUCACACCACAGAGGAGUGGCGCCCGAGUCACACCACAGAGGAGUGGCGCCCGAGUCACACCACAGAGGAGUGGCGCCCGAGUCACACCACAGAGGAGUGGCGCCCGAGCUCACACCACAGAGGAGUGGCGCCCGAGCUCACACCACAGAGGAGUGGCGCCCGAGUCACACCACAGAGGAGUGGCGCCCGAGUCACACCACAGAGGAGUGGCGCCCGAGUCACACCACAGAGGAGUGGCGCCCGAGUCACACCACAGAGGAGUGGCGCCCGAGUCACACCACAGAGGAGUGGCGCCCGAGUCACACCACAGAGGAGUGGCGCCCGAGCUCACACCACAGAGGAGUGGCGCCCGAGUCACACCACAGAGGAGUGGCGCCCGAGUCACACCACAGAGGAGUGGCGCCCGAGUCACACCACAGAGGAGUGGCGCCCGAGUCACACCACAGAGGAGUGGCGCCCGAGUCACACCACAGAGGAGUGGCGCCCGAGUCACACCACAGAGGAGUGGCGCCCGAGUCACACCACAGAGGAGUGGCGCCCGAGUCACACCACAGAGGAGUGGCGCCCGAGUCACACCACAGAGGAGUGGCGCCCGAGUCACACCACAGAGAGUGGCGCCGACUCACACACAGAAGAGUGGCGCCCGAGUCACACCACAGAGGAGUGGCGCCCGAGUCACACCACAGAGGAGUGGCGCCCGAGUCACACCACAGAGGAGUGGCGCCCGAGUCACACCACAGAGGAGUGGCGCCCGACUCACACCACAGAGGAGUGGCGCCCGAGUCACACCACAGAGGAGUGGCGCCCGAGUCACACCACAGAGGAGUGGCGCCCGAGUCACACCACAGAGGAGUGGCGCCCGAGUCACACCACAGAGGAGUGGCGCCCGACUCACACCACAGAGGAGUGGCGCCCGAGUCACACCACAGAGGAGUGGCGCCCGAGUCACACCACAGAGGAGUGGCGCCCGAGUCACACCACAGAGGAGUGGCGCCCGAGUCACACCACAGAGGAGUGGCGCCCGACUCACACCACAGAGGAGUGGCGCCCGAGUCACACCACAGAGGAGUGGCGCCCGAGUCACACCACAGAGGAGUGGCGCCCGAGUCACACCACAGAGGAGUGGCGCCCGAGUCACACCACAGAGGAGUGGCGCCCGACUCACACCACAGAGGAGUGGCGCCCGAGUCACACCACAGAGGAGUGGCGCCCGAGUCACACCACAGAGGAGUGGCGCCCGAGUCACACCACAGAGGAGUGGCGCCCGAGUCACACCACAGAGGAGUGGCGCCCGAGUCACACCACAGAAGGAGUGGCGCCCGAGUCACACCACAGAGGAGUGGCGCCCGAGUCACACCACAGAGGAGUGGCGCCCGACGUCACACCACAGAGGAGUGGCGCCCGAGUCACACCACAGAGGAGUGGCGCCCGACUCACACCACAGAGGAGUGGCGCCCGAGUCACACCACAGAGGAGUGGCGCCCGACUCACACCACAGAGGAGUGGCGCCCGAGUCACACCACAAGAGGAGUGGCGCCAGAGUCACACCACAGAGGAGUGGCGCCCGAGUCACACCACAGAGGAGUGGCCGCCCGAGUCACACCACAGAGGAGUGGCGCCCGAGUCACACCACAGAGGAGUGGCGCCCGACUCACACCACAGAGGAGUGGCGCCCGAGUCACACCACAGAGGAGUGGCGCCCGACUCACACCACAGAGGAGUGGCGCCCGAGUCACACCACAGAAGGAGUGGCGCCCGACUCACACCACAGAGGAGUGGCGGCCACACCACAGAGGAGUGGCGCCCGAAGUCACACCACAGAGGAGUGGCGCCCGAGUCACACCACAGAGGAGUGGCGCCCGACUCACACCACAGAGGAGUGGCGCCCGAGUCAACACCACAGAGGAGUGGCGCCCGACGUCACACCACAGAGGAGUGGCGCCCGAAGUCACACCACAGAGGAGUGGCGCCCGAGUCACACCACAGAGGAGUGGCGCCCGAGUCACACCACAGAGGAGUGGCGCCCGACUCACACCACAGAGGAGUGGCGCCCGAGUCACACCACAGAGGAGUGGCGCCCGACUCACACACAGAGGAGUGGGCGCCCGAAGGUCACACCACAGAGGAGUGGCGCCCGACUCACACCACAGAGGAGUGGCGCCCGAGUCACACCACAGAGGAGUGGCGCCCAAGUCACACCACAGAGGAGUGACGCCCGACUCACACCACAGAGGAGUGGCGCCCGAGUCACACCACAGAGGAGUGGCGCCCGAGUCACACCACAGAGGAGUGGCGCCCGAGUCACACCACAGAGGAGUGGCGCCCGAGUCACACCACAGAGGAGUGGCGCCCGAGUCACACCACAGAGGAGUGGCGCCAGACUCACACCACAGAGGAGUGGCGCCCGAGUCACACCACAGAGGAGUGGCGCCCGAGUCACACCACAGAGGAGUGGCGCCCGACUCACACCACAGAGGAGUGGCGUCACACAACAGAGGAGUGGCGCCCGAGUUACACCACAGAGGAGUGGCGCCCGAGUCACACCACAGAGGAGUGGCGCCCGAGUCACACCACAGAGGAGUGGCGCCCGACUCACACCACAGAGGAGUGGCGCCCGAGUCACACCACAGAGGAGUGGCGCCCGAGUCACACCACAGAGGAGUGGCGCCCGAGUCACACCACAGAGGAGUGGCGCCCGACUCACACCACAGAAGAGUGGCGCCCGAGUCACACCACAGAGGAGUGGCGCCCGACUCACACCACAGAGGAGUGACGCCCGAGUCACACCACAGAGGAGUGGCGCUCGAGUCACACCACAGAGGAGUGGCGCCCGACUCACACCACAGAGGAGUGGCGCCCGAGUCACACCACAGAAGAGUGGCGCCCGAGUCACACCACAGAGGAGUGGCGCCCGAGUCACACCACAGAAGAGUGGCGCCCGACUCACACCACAGAGGAGUGGCGCCCGAGUCACACCACAGAGGAGUGGCGCCCGAGUCACACCACAGAGGAGUGACGCCCGACUCACACCACAGAGGAGUGGCGCACGACUCACACCACAGAGGAGUGGCGCCCGAGUCACACCACAGAGGAGUGGCGCCCGAGUCACACCACAGAGGAGUGGCGCCCGAGUCACGCCACACAGGAGUAGCGCCCAAGUCACACCACAGAGGAGUGGCGCCCGAGUCACAACACAGAGGAGUGGCGCCCGAGUCACAACACAGAGGAGUGGCGCCCGACUCACACCACAGAGGAGUGGCGCCCGAGUCACACCACAGAGGAGUGGCGCCCAAGUCACACCACAGAGGAGUAGCGCCCAAGUCACACCACAGAGGAGUGGCGCCCGAGUCACACCACAGAGGAGUGGCGCCCGAGUUACAACACAGAGGAGUGGCGCCAGACUCAAACCACAGAGGAGUGGCGCCCGAGUCACAACACAGAGGAGUGGCGCCCGAGUCACACCACAAAGGAGUGGCGCCCGAGUCACACCACAGAGGAGUGGCGCCCGAGUCACACCACAGAGGAGUGGCGCCCGAGUCACACCACAGAGGAGUGGCGCCCGAGUCACACCACAGAGGAGUGGCGCCCGACUCACACCACAGAGGAGUGGCGCCCGAGUCACACCACAGAGGAGUGGCGCCCGACUCACACCACAGAGGAGUGGCGCCCGAGUCAAACCACAGAAGAGUGGCGCCCGACUCACACCACAGAGGAGUGGCGCCACACCACAGAGGAGUGGCGCCCGAGUCACACCACAGAGGAGUGGCGCCCGAGUCACACCACAGAGGAGUGGCGCCCGACUCACACCACAGAGGAGUGGCGCCCGAGUCACACCACAGAGGAGUGGCGCCCGAGUCACACCACAGAGGAGUGGCGCCCGACUCACACCACAGAGGAGUGGCGCCCGAGUCACACCACAGAGGAGUGGCGCCCGAGUCACACCACAGAGGAGUGGCGCCCGACUCACACCACAGAGGAGUGGCGCCCGAGUCACACCACAGAGGAGUGGCGCCCGACUCACACCACAGAGGAGUGGCUCCCGAGUCACACCACAGAGGAGUGGCGCCCAAGUCACACCACAGAGGAGUGACGCCCGACUCACACCACAGAGGAGUGGCGCCCGAGUCACACCACAGAGGAGUGGCGCCCGAGUCACACCACAGAGGAGUGGCGCCCGAGUCACACCACAGAGGAGUGGCGCCCGAGUCACACCACAGAGGAGUGGCGCCCGAGUCACACCACAGAGGAGUGGCGCCAGACUCACACCACAGAGGAGUGGCGCCCGAGUCACACCACAGAGGAGUGGCGCCCGAGUCACACCACAGAGGAGUGGCGCCCGACUCACACCACAGAGGAGUGGCGCCCGAGUCACACCACAGAGGAGUGGCGCCCGAGUCACACCACAGAGGAGUGGCGCCCGAGUCACACCACAGAGGAGUGGCGCCCGAGUCACACCACAGAGGAGUGGCGCCCGAGUCACACCACAGAAGAGUGGCGCCCGACUCACACCACAGAGGAGUGGCGCCCGAGUCACACCACAGAGGAGUGGCGCCCGAGUCACACCACAGAGGAGUGGCGCCCGAGUCACACCACAGAGGAGUGGCGCCCGAGUCACACCACAGAGGAGUGGCGCCCGACUCACACCACAGAGGAGUGGCGUCACACAACAGAGGAGUGGCGCCCGAGUUACACCACAGAGGAGUGGCACCCGAGUCACACCACAGAGGAGUGGCGCCCGAGUCACACCACAGAGGAGUGGCGCCCGACUCACACCACAGAGGAGUGGCGCCCGAGUCACACCACAGAGGAGUGGCGCCCGAGUCACACCACAGAGGAGUGGCGCCCGAGUCACACCACAGAGGAGUGGCGCCCGAGUCACACCACAGAGGAGUGGCGCCCGACUCACACCACAGAAGAGUGGCGCCCGAGUCACACCACAGAGGAGUGGCGCCCGACUCACACCACAGAGGAGUGACGCCCGAGUCACACCACAGAGGAGUGGCGCCCGAGUCACACCACAGAGGAGUGGCGCCCGACUCACACCACAGAGGAGUGGCGCCCGAGUCACACCACAGAAGAGUGGCGCCCGAGUCACACCACAGAGGAGUGGCGCCCGAGUCACACCACAGAAGAGUGGCGCCCGACUCACACCACAGAGGAGUGGCGCCCGAGUCACACCACAGAGGAGUGGCGCCCGAGUCACACCACAGAGGAGUGACGCCCGACUCACACCACAGAGGAGUGGCGCACGACUCACACCACAGAGGAGUGGCGCCCGAGUCACACCACAGAGGAGUGGCGCCCGAGUCACACCACAGAGGAGUGGCGCCCGAGUCACGCCACACAGGAGUAGCGCCCAAGUCACACCACAGAGGAGUGGCGCCCGAGUCACAACACAGAGGAGUGGCGCCCGAGUCACAACACAGAGGAGUGGCGCCCGACUCACACCACAGAGGAGUGGCGCCCGAGUCACACCACAGAGGAGUGGCGCCCAAGUCACACCACAGAGGAGUAGCGCCCAAGUCACACCACAGAGGAGUGGCGCCCGAGUCACACCACAGAGGAGUGGCGCCCGAGUUACAACACAGAGGAGUGGCGCCAGACUCACACCACAGAGGAGUGGCGCCCGAGUCACAAGACAGAGGAGUGGCGCCCGAGUCACACCACAAAGGAGUGGCGCCCGAGUCACACCACAGAGGAGUGGCGCCCGAGUCACACCACAGAGGAGUGGCGCCCGAGUCACACCACAGAGGAGUGGCGCCCGAGUCACACCACAGAGGAGUGGCGCCCGACUCACACCACAGAGGAGUGGCGCCCGAGUCACACCACAGAGGAGUGGCGCCCGACUCACACCACAGAGGAGUGGCGCCCGAGUCAAACCACAGAAGAGUGGCGCCCGACUCACACCACAGAGGAGUGGCGCCACACCACAGAGGAGUGGCGCCCGAGUCACACCACAGAGGAGUGGCGCCCGAGUCACACCACAGAGGAGUGGCGCCCGACUCACACCACAGAGGAGUGGCGCCCGAGUCACACCACAGAGGAGUGGCGCCCGAGUCACACCACAGAGGAGUGGCGCCCGACUCACACCACAGAGGAGUGGCGCCCGAGUCACACCACAGAGGAGUGGCGCCCGAGUCACACCACAGAGGAGUGGCGCCCGACUCACACCACAGAGGAGUGGCGCCCGAGUCACACCACAGAGGAGUGGCGCCCGACUCACACCACAGAGGAGUGGCGCCCGAGUCACACCACAGAGGAGUGGCGCCCGAGUCACACCACAGAGGAGUGACGCCCGACUCACACCACAGAGGAGUGGCGCCCGAGUCACACCACAGAGGAGUGGCGCCCGAGUCACACCACAGAGGAGUGGCGCCCGAGUCACACCACAGAGGAGUGGCGCCCGAGUCACACCACAGAGGAGUGGCGCCCGAGUCACACCACAGAGGAGUAGCGCCCGAGUCACACCACAGAGGAGUGGCGCCCGAGUCACACCACAGAGGAGUGGCGCCAGACUCACACCACAGAGGAGUGGCGCCCGAGUCACACCACAGAGGAGUGGCGCCCGAGUCACACCACAGAGGAGUGGCGCCCGAGUCACACCACAGAGGAGUAGCGCCCGAGUCACACCACAGAGGAGUGGCGCCCGAGUCACACCACAGAGGAGUGGCGCCCGAGUCACACCACAGAGGAGUGGCGCCCGAGUCACACCACAGAGGAGUGGCGCCCGACUCACACCACAGAGGAGUGGCGCCCGACUCACACCACAGAGGAGUGGCGCCCGACUCACACCACAGAAGAGUGGCGCCCGACUCACACCACAGAGGAGUGGCGCCCAAGUCACACCACAGAGGAGUGGCGCCCGAGUCACGCCACAGAGGAGUGGCGCCCGAGUCACACCACAGAGGAGUGGCGCCCAACUCACACCACAGAGGAGUGACGCCGGACUCACACCACAGAGGAGUGGCGCCCGAGUCACACCACAGAGGAGUGGCGCCCGACUCACACCACAGAGGAGUGGCGCCCGAGUCACACCACAGAGGAGUGGCGCCCGAGUCACACCACAGAGGAGUGGCGCCCGAGUCACACCACAGAGGAGUGGCGCCCGAGUCACACCACAGAGGAGUGGCGCCCGAGUCACACCACAGAAGAGUGGCGCCCGACUCACACCACAGAGGAGUGGCGCCCGAGUCACACCACAGAGGAGUGGCGCCCGAGUCACACCACAGAGGAGUGGCGCCCGAGUCACACCACAGAGGAGUGGCGCCCGAGUCACACCACAGAGGAGUGGCGCCCGACUCACACCACAGAGGAGUGGCGCCCGACUCACACCACAGAGGAGUGGCGCCCGAGUCACACCACAGAGGAGUGGCGCCCGAGUCACACCACAGAGGAGUGGCGCCCGAGUCACGCCACAGAGGAGUGGCGCCCGAGUCACACCACAGAGGAGUGGCGCCCGAGUUACACCACAGAGGAGUGGCGCCCGAGUCACACCACAGAGGAGUGGCGCCCGAGUCACACCACAGAGGAGUGGCGCCCGACUCACACCACAGAGGAGUGGCGCCCGAGUCACACCACAGAGGAGUGGCGCCCGAGUCACACCACAGAGGAGUGGCGCCCGAGUCACACCACAGAGGAGUGGCGCCCGAGUCACACCACAGAGGAGUGGCGCCCGACUCACACCACAGAAGAGUGGCGCCCGAGUCACACCACAGAGGAGUGGCGCCCGACUCACACCACAGAGGAGUGACGCCCGAGUCACACCACAGAGGAGUGGCGCCCGAGUCACACCACAGAGGAGUGGCGCCCGACUCACACCACAGAGGAGUGGCGCCCGAGUCACACCACAGAGGAGUGGCGCCCGAGUCACACCACAGAGGAGUGGCGCCCGAGUCACACCACAGAGGAGUGGCGCCCGAGUCACACCACAGAGGAGUGGCGCCCGACUCACACCACAGAAGAGUGGCGCCCGAGUCACACCACAGAGGAGUGGCGCCCGACUCACACCACAGAGGAGUGACGCCCGACUCACACCACAGAGGAGUGGCGCCCGAGUCACACCACAGAGCAGUGGCGCCCGAGUCACACCACAGAGGAGUGGCGCUCGAGUCACACCACAGAGGAGUGGCGCCCGAGUCACACCACAGAGGAGUAGCGCCCGAGUCACACCACAGAGCAGUGGCGCCCCAUAGGCGUCUCUUAGAGGAGAGGAGUUAUUUAGGGGAGAAGCACGACUUAGAGGAGAGGCGCCCCUUAGAGGAGGAAGCGCGGGGAGUGGAGGAAGCGAGGUGGGAGAGGAGGGCUGGAUGGCCCUUGGGAGGAGGAAGCGUGGGGAGUGGAGGAAGCGAGGUGGGAGAGGAGGGCUGCAUGGCCCUUGGGAGGAGGAAGCGUGGUGAGUGGAGGGAGCGAGGUGGGAGAGGAAGGCUGGAUGGCCCUUGGGAGGAGGAAGCGUGGGGAGUGGAGGAGGCGAGGUGGGAGAGGAGGGCUGGAUGGCCCUUGGGAGGAGAAAGCGAAGGGUGUGGAGGAAGCGAGGUGGGAGUGGCGGUCUGGUACCUGCACCACAACUGCAUCCCGGGCAUCAUUCACCGCGACAUGAAGCCCGCUAACCGCGCCGCCGUCCCGGCCCUACGCCGCCCGUGCGCCGCCCGUCCCGGCCCCACGCCGCCUGUGCGCCGCCCGUCCCGGCCGCGCGCCGCUGCUCCGGCCCGUCGACGCCCGUGCGCCGCCCGUCCCGGCCCCACGCCGCCUGUGCGCCGCCUGUCCCGGCCGCGCGCCGCUGCUCCGGCCCGUCGACGCCCGUGCGCCGCCCGUCCCGGCCCCACGCCGCCUGUGCGCCGCCUGUCCCGGCCGCACGCCGCUGCCCCGGCCCGUCGACGCCCGUGCGCCGCCCGUCCCGGCCCCACGCCGCCCGUGCGCCGCCCGUCCCGGCCGCGCGCCGCCGUCCCGGCCCCACGCCGCCCGUGCGCCGCCCGUCCCGGCCCCGCGCCGCCAUCCCGGCCCCACGCCGCCCGUGCGCCGCCCGUUCCGGCUGCGCGCCGCCGUCCCGGCCCCACGCCGCCCGUGCGCCGCCCGUCCCGGCCCCGCGCCGCCGGUCAUGGCUACUCCUAG